CAGCGUGAAACUCUUUCCACGCAGAAGGAAAUAAGCAAAGGCAAACUACACCGGUUGCACUUCGCGAAGGGGCGAGCGGGCAGGCAGUGCGAGCGACAGACGGUAUCGGCGAUCGGCCUACUGCAUUUCAGAUUGACUGACGGAAGAAAUACACAGACAUAGGCACUGCACUAACACGCGCACAGUGGGUACAGCCUGGCACGUGGGUACACAGCCGCACCUGCCGGGGUCCCAGGUGUGUGUUCGCUGGGUAACGACGCGAGCCCUCGGCGGUGCCGUCGCCUAGUAACCAGGGACAGGGAAAGGAGAUAGAUCUUGAAAAUGGCGCAACCCCCCAAAAUCGAACUUUUCAUGAAGGCGAGUAUUGAUGGAGAGGGUGUGGGUAACUGUCCGUUCUGCCAGCGUCUCUUCAUGAUCCUGUGGUUGAAGGGGGCCCAGUUCACCAUAACCACCGUCGACAUGAAGAAGGCCCCGGAGGUGCUGAAGGAGCUGGCCCCUGGCUCCCAGCCUCCCUUUCUCAUCUUUAACGAUGAGGUCUACACCGACACCAACAAGAUUGAGGAGUUUCUGGAGGCCACUCUGGCACCCCCACAGUACCCCAAGCUAUGCUCUCGGUAUAAGGAGUCCAAUACGGCAGGAGACGACAUCUUCCAUAAGUUCUCAGCCUACAUCAAAAACGCCACCCCGGCACGUAAUGACAGCCUGGAGAAGGGGCUCCUGAAGUCUCUGAUGAAGCUGGAUGAGUACCUGCUGACGCCUCUCCCCCAUGAGCUGGAGGAGAACCCGGAUGGAGAGCAGUCCUCCAGGAGUUACCUGGAUGGAAACUCCCUCACACUGGCUGACUGUAACCUCCUGCCCAAACUCAACAUCGUCAAGGUGGUGUGCAAGAAGUACCGAGACUUUGAGAUUCCCUCGGCGCUGGGGGGUCUGACACGAUACCUGAAAAAGGCCAGUGAGCAGGAAGAGUUUUGCCAUACCUGCCCCAACGACCCCGAAAUCCUGCAAGCGUACUGUUCCGUGGCCAAGUUCCUCAAGAGAUAAAACAAGGGAGAGGGACUGGGAGGUAGUGGGGGCACGGCUGUAACAAGAAGGAAGGGGACAGAAUUCAAUCAACGUACUAUGUCCUUAUCUUUAAUCUGAAAAAACAAUUUUGGACAGUUAACAUUCAGUACUUUCUGCCAAACUGUUAGUUAAGAAAAAAGUCCAGGUGUUUCAGGAGAGAUUAAUAAAUUGCGUUGCAAUGAAUCACCCUGGAAACUGUAAAUACCUGCAUUGAUGAGUGAAGAAAUUCAUCAUUAAUCAUCUCACUUGGUGCAUGUUAUUACACACAUAUAAAUUCUAAACAACUUUGUGGGCUGGUCAAGACAAUAAAUAUUGUAUGGGUCUUAGUAAUCUCUGGAGACCUACAACUCGAGCCCUGCCUGCAAUGCUUCAAUUCUGUUAACUGAGAAGAAUUAUUCGAAGGUGAAUACUCUGUAAUUCUGCCUCUUGAUGAGUUUUGAUGUUUCCAAGUUACUUGUGUGGUAUCACAACUGUUUAUUUCAGUUAUGUUUUAAUAGAUUUAUCAUAUGGUUCAAUAAUAAAAAAACAUUAAACCGUA